GUGACAUCAGGCCGUGCUGGCGCUGAGCGCGAAGCGCCGCCUCCCCCCGCCGCCAACAAAAGUCCCCGAGCGCCCUGCGGGCCCCAACGCCGCACCCGCCGCCUCCCGACCCGCCCGGCCCGGCCCGGCCCACAGCCGCAGGAUGCCAAACUGGGGUGGAGGGAAGAAAUGUGGCGUGUGCCAGAAGGCGGUGUACUUCGCUGAGGAGGUGCAGUGUGAAGGCAGCAGCUUCCACAAGUCCUGCUUCUUGUGCAUGGUCUGUAAGAAGAACUUGGACAGCACCACUGUUGCUGUGCAUGGAGAUGAGAUCUACUGCAAGUCCUGCUAUGGCAAGAAGUACGGCCCCAAGGGCUAUGGAUACGGGAUGGGCGCCGGCACCCUGAGCACCGACAAGGGCGAGUCUCUGGGAAUCAAAUACGAAGAGGGCCAAUCCCACCGACCCACCAACCCGAACGCAUCCAGAAUGGCCCAGAAGGUCGGCGGCUCCGAUGGCUGCCCGCGCUGCGGCCAAGCGGUGUACGCAGCCGAGAAGGUGAUUGGAGCUGGAAAGUCCUGGCACAAGUCCUGCUUCCGCUGCGCCAAGUGUGGCAAAAGCCUGGAGUCCACCACCCUGGCAGACAAAGACGGGGAGAUCUACUGCAAAGGUUGCUACGCCAAGAACUUCGGGCCCAAAGGCUUUGGCUUCGGGCAGGGGGCCGGGGCGCUCAUCCACUCGCAGUGAGGCACCAGGAGCCGCGCUCUGCUCCUCCUGGGCUCCUGCAGCCCAGCCCUGGGUUUCCGCACACCGCAGCGAGCUCCCUCACCUCCUCCAUCCCCGCCUGCUGCUUUGCGGCACCAGCGCCUCCCCCUGCCCCGACCCUGCGCUCCCCGAAGCUGCGGGAGCCCCAUUGCCACCACGGGUCCCUCGGCACGGGCACACAGCUCGCUCCCACCCGCAGUGAGGCUCCCAGCGUUCCGCUCCGCGUCGCCCGUCCCGCCGGGAUGAGCCGCGCUGCGCCGUGUCACCGAGCAAGGAAUAAAACAUCAAAGCUGACCCAAGGCGUUGCCCGAGGGGUUGCGGGGUUGUUCCCCAGGAGCUCGGGAUGGAGCGGCAGGACGGGAAGCGGUGCUGCUGCAGCUUGCAAUGAAAGCGGAGGGGCUCUCCCUGCAGCUCAGCAGCCCCUUCCGCCCUCCCCUCGUGUGACCAUUUCCUACGCGGUGUUUCCUUCCAUGCGCACACCGCGUCCAAACCCGUCGGCGCUGCUCCGUGGCGCUGCUCCAGGCAGCCGUGCCCAGCAGUGCUAACAGCUCGGAGCUUUUCACCUACUCCCGGGUUGGGUGUUGUUUUUUUUUUUUGCUGGAUUCUGAUCCUCCAGCUUGGCAGCUCUCCAGGUUUAAUUUGUUUUCACUGAAA